AUAGAGUUUUCUCCCCUCCCUGUCUUUUGGCGAGCAAACGUACGCGUGACAGCUCGGGAGAAGAGUGUCGUUUGUCCUGGUGCGAUGAGAAGACAGCUGUCGUACACUAGUUUUCCAAAGAAGCGUCACGGGACGCGUCUCAAAUAAUCUCCUUGGACUGAAGCGCACUGCGCUGUGGCGCACCCUGCUCGCUGCCUCCGUCAACGCUCUCUGUUGCUUUUGACGAUAUUUUGAACACUAUAUCUCACCGCAUUCAGCUAUCAACAAACUAUUUAUUUUAACAUCCGAAGCGUUUCACAAAGUCAUGGAAACUGCCCCCAUACCCAUUUUGACUAUCCAAACCACCCCCUUCGAUGACCAGAGACCAGGGACGAACGGGCUGCGAAAGAAGACCGCGGUUUUCGAAAGUAAAAAGAACUAUCUGCAAAAUUAUAUCCAAAGUUUGCUGUCCUCCAUCGACUUGAGGGACCGUCAGGGAUGUACUAUGGUGGUGGGCAGCGACGGAAGAUACUUCAGCCGGACUGCAACUGAAGUCAUCGUUCAAAUGGCAGCUGCCAACGGGAUUGGACGUCUGGUAAUUGGACACAAUGGGAUCCUUUCCACCCCAGCGGUCUCCUGCAUCAUCAGGAAGAUAAAAGCCAUCGGUGGAAUCAUUCUCACUGCAAGCCACAGUCCAGGAGGCCCAGGGGGAGACUUUGGGAUCAAAUUUAAUGUCGCUAAUGGAGGACCAUCCCCAGACACAGUGAUGGAGAGGAUCCAUCAGGUGAGUCGCACACUAGAGGAAUACGCUAUCUGCCUUGACCUCCACAUCGACCUGUCCCGCCUUGGCCGGCAUGACUUUGACUUGGAGAACAAGUUUAAGCCCUUCAGAGUUGAGAUUGUGGAUUCAGUCGAGAUCUAUCUAAACAUGCUGCGGGGAAUUUUUGACUUUGGUGCCAUCAAGAGCUUGCUGACAGGCCCAAAACAGCUGAAGAUCCGAAUAGAUGCCAUGAAUGGAGCUAUGGGACCAUAUGUCAGAAGAAUCUUAUGUGAUGAGCUCGGGGCUCCAGCUAAUUCUGCUGUUAACUGUGUCCCUCUGGAGGACUUUGGAGGCCAACACCCCAACCCUAACCCUGCAUUCGCUGCACUUCUGGUGGACUCCAUGAAGGGGGGAGAGUUUGGCUUUGGGGCUGCUUUUGAUGCAGACGGGGAUCGUUACAUGAUUAUGGGUGAGAAUGGAUUCUUUGUGAGCCCGUCAGAUUCACUGGCAGUGAUGGCUGCAAACCUCUCCUGCAUCCCUUACUUCAGUCAGAGAGGAAUCCGAGGUUUUGCCCGCAGUAUGCCAACCAGCACAGCCAUUGACCGGGUUGCUAAGGCUAUGAAGGUGGCGCUUUAUGAAACUCCCACAGGCUGGAGAUUCUUUGGCAGCCUGAUGGAUUCUGGGAGGUGUUCUUUCUGUGGAGAGGAGAGCUUUGGAACAGGUUCAGACCACAUCCGAGAUAAAGACGGCCUGUGGUCCGUUCUGGUAUGGUUGUCCAUCCUGGCAGUGCGUAAGCAGGGGGUGGAAGAAAUAGUGAGAGAUCACUGGGCCAAAAUGGGACGCAACUACUUCUGUAGGUUUGACUAUGAAGGGGUGGACAGCAGGGCAGCGUAUUACCUCAUGAGAGAUCUGGAAGCUGUUCUCACUGAUAAAGCUUUUACCGCUCAGAAGUUCUCUGUGGGCAAUAACAUCUACAGUGUGGAGAAGGCUGAUAAUUUUGAGUACACUGACCCAGUGGACGGCAGUGUGUCCAGGAAACAGGGUCUAAGGAUCAUCUUCACAGACUCGUCCCGAAUCAUCUUCCGGCUCAGUGGUACUGGUGCUGGAACCGGGGCCACUGUUCGUAUCUACGCCGAGAGCUACGAGAGAGACCCAGAGAGACACAACAGAGAGACUCAGGUUGUGCUGGGUCCUCUCAUUGCCAUUGCUCUGAAAAUCUCCAACAUCCACGAAAGAACGGGACGCAAAGGCCCCAAUGUGAUCACCUGAGACCAAUCCAACACUGCACAUCAGGGGCCAAAAUCACUUUCCUCACUCAUCUGAUCCUUCUUUUGUUUUAGUUUUUAGUUUUGUUUGUGGCUUUCACUCAGCAUCACAAAGAAUGUGCCAACUAUUAUUUUGCUGCUCUUUCAUCAUCUCUCCUCUCCUUUCCGCCCCUCGUUGUCUUGUUUUUCUUCUUCAUUUGUCUUUACAAAGGGCCUCUGUAUGGUUUUCAUUUCUUUUGCACAUGUAUAAAAUCAUUUGAACCACUAAAAAAUCCGAAGGGAGCAAAGUGUUUUCUUCAUGUUCAAGCAAACGCUCCUUUAAUGUGUUUAGUUCAAUUAGAAUGAGGUUAGAAGCAGAACAUAUGUAGAACCACUUUUUGUUUUUGAUUCAGAUGCAUGGGGUCUAAACCCUAAAUCUUGUGAAUUUGGUAACUGUGUGCUUUUGUUUACAAUGUAGCUGUUUCAAAGAAGUGCAUUCAAAACAAUCAGUUAAAAAGGGGGAGCAAUGGCGUUCAAUAUUUACUUAUUUCUGUGAAAUUCACAUUAGAAACACAUCAUAUCCUAUGCAACAGCUAGAACUGAGCUCAUGUCCAAGAAUGAACCACUGAAAUAAUAAUCAUAAAGAUUGCCUAAUAACAGUUGUGCUACAAUUCCUACAUCCAGUCUUGUACACGGAUUUGCAAUUUUCUGAUCACUUUCUGAAAUGUGCUGCAAAUGAACUUUGUGAAUCAAAGAAUGAAAUGAGUCAAAGUAAAGUUUUUGGCUAGCAGCUGGGCUUAAAUAUCACUUAGUACUUUUUUUAUCUUUUAUUUUAAAAUCUUGCAUGGAUCAGUAUUGUUUAAUGUCAGAUGGAUUAUGAGCAUUCCAUUGUUUGAUUAGAAACAUGCCUCUAAGUUAAUUAUUAUUUAUACCAUUAUUAUUAUAUAACACUUCUGACAUUUACAAUACAUUUCUUUAAUGUUAAAGUGAAAGUGAAGCCAGUGUUUAAGAUAUUUCCUAGAGUUUUUUUAUUUUUAUUUUAUUCUGCUGUUCUUAGAAGUCCAUUAUAAACCAUGUACACAUUACAAUGACUCCAAGGUGAAAAACAAAUGCUCCCUUUUAAAUACUAUUUUGAUGAAACUAAAUAAAUACUAUGGCCAUAAGUCUAUUUUAAUUUUGUAUCCUAAACUUUGCAUAAAUAAACUUCUAUCUUUUGUGUG